ACCGUACCAUGGAAACAAAAAGAAAAAGGAACCCGCAAAAACAAGCGAAGGGAAAGAGUUACAUUUGACUUGAUUUCACCAAAAAUAAAAAAGAAUUCAAUCAAAUUGAAUACAAAUUUGACGUCCGCAAGGGCAAAGCAAAAUCUCUUAUUCUUUCUCUCUCUAAAAACUUUUCUCUGUCUUUUUUUUUCCUUCGAGUUCUCUCUCUAGAUACAGCGAGGAAGAACAGGGCACAUACUGAAACAAGAAAUAUAAAUUAUUAAGUGAAAUAUAUAAAAAAAACAGAAGCUGAGAAGAGAAUAAGAAGAAUAUUUGAUUGAAGAGGAGAGGAAAGAAAGUUUUUCUUUUCCCUUCUUUUUUGUGUAGUGAGGGGUAUAAAGAUAUUUUAUUGGUCCGGUUUAUCGAAGCAAAAAACUAGAAGAAUCGAAGAGAAAGAGAGUUAAGAAAUUUGGGGUUUUUUGGGUUCUUGUUUUGAUUGAAAUCAAAGCUUUGUAGAUUUGAGUAACUCUCUUUUUCUUUUGUUUCUCCUUUGACUCUGUACCUGUUGGGAUUUUCUUAAAACUCUGGGAUUCAUGCGAAAGCCAUUCCAUUGCUGCUUUGAAGAGAUUGAAAAUCUAAACUCCUUGCUUGGCUUCGGUUUUCAGAGCUAUAAGUUCAGGAACAGAACUUACUCUUUCUUAUUUGGGUACAAUGAAGAGCAUGAAGCUAAAAGCAAGCAGCCAAGUUGGGGAUAAACUGCUGAUUGCCUUGAGCUAUAAAACUGAAUAUUUGUGCUUUUCUUUGUCAUUGUAGUUUACUUAAUAUUCAUGUUGUUUUAGGUAGUGGCUGCAGUUUUAUGAGUGAGUAUUAGAUAAGUUAAGUAUGGUACCAUCGGGGUCUUCUACUCCUAUAGGUGGUGUGCACUCUGUUACGCCUUCUCUUUUGCGGUCGAGUUCUGGGAUGCUAGGAGCCCAAGGGGGUAGCCUUCCUUCUCAAACUGGCUACCCUUCAUUAGUGUCGCCUCGCACUCAGUUUGGUAAUAUGAAUAUGCUUGGCAAUGUGCCAAAUGUGUCUUCCCUUCUUAGUCAGUCCUUCGGGAAUGGGGUUCCAAACCCUCAGCUUUCUGGUCCGGGGAGUAGCCAGCGUGGAGGAAUUGACUCAGGGGCUGAAUCUGAUCCACUUUCAAAUGUAGGUAAUGGGAUGGGGUUUAAUGCUCCCUCAUCAUCGUUCGUUCCAUCAAACAUGGCAAACCCUGGUUCAUCCGGUCAAGUUCAAGGUCAGCAAUUUCCAAACAUUUCUGGUAACCAUAUGUUACCGGACCAGCAGCACUCCCAACACCUCGAAUCACCACAUUUCCAACAUGGUCAACAAGCAUUGCAACAGUUCUCUGCUCCUCAAAACACCCAGCAAGGACAACAGCAGCAGCAGUUUCAGUCUAUUAGAGGAGGGUUGGCUGGUGUUGGUGGGGCGGUCAAAUUGGAGCCACAAGUGACUAAUGAUCAGCUUGGCCAGCAGCAACAUCAACAGCAACAACAGUUGCAAUCACUAAGGAAGCUUGCUCCUGUGAAAUUGGAACCACAACAAAUACCACCCAUGAGAACUUUGGCACAGGUAAAAAUGGAACCCUCACAUUCAGAUCAGUCCUUGUUUUUGCACCAACAACAACAGGAGCCGCAGCAGCAACAACAACAGCAACAGCAGUUACUCCACAUGUCGAGGCAGCCCUCACCAGCCCAAAUUAAUCUUUUGCAUCAGCAAAGGCUGUUGCAGCUACAACAACACCAACAGCAACUUUUAAAAGCAAUGCCUCAACAAAGGUCUCAAUUGCCACAGCAGUUUCAACAGCAGAAUUUGCCUUUGAGAUCACCUGUGAAACCAGUGUAUGAGCCUGGGAUGUGUGCCAGGCGUUUGACACAUUACAUGUAUCAACAACAACAUAGACCUGAAGACAACAAUAUUGAAUUUUGGAGAAAAUUUGUUGCCGAGUACUUUGCUCCAAAUGCGAAGAAGAAGUGGUGUGUUUCUAUGUAUGGAAGUGGCCGCCAAACAACUGGUGUUUUCCCUCAGGAUGUAUGGCAUUGUGAAAUAUGUAAUCGCAAACCAGGACGUGGUUUUGAGGCGACUGUUGAGGUUCUCCCUAGGCUUUUCAAAAUUAAAUAUGAGAGUGGUACUCUGGAAGAACUUCUUUAUGUUGAUAUGCCCCGUGAGUACCAGAAUUCAUCUGGUCAAAUUGUCCUGGACUAUGCUAAAGCAAUACAAGAAAGUGUUUUUGAGCAACUUCGUGUUGUUCGUGAUGGUCAGCUUCGGAUAGUUUUCUCGCCCGAUCUGAAGAUAUGUUCUUGGGAAUUUUGUGCUCGACGUCAUGAAGAACUUAUCCCUAGAAGAUUGUUGAUACCUCAGGUUAGUCAGCUUGGGGCUGCUGCUCAGAAGUAUCAAGCAGCAACUCAAAAUGCAUCAACAAAUUUAUCUGCUCCAGAUUUGCAGAAUAACUGUAACUUGUUUGUAGCAUCAGCUCGGCAACUGGCAAAAGCCUUGGAAGUGCCUUUGGUAAAUGAUUUGGGUUACACAAAGAGAUAUGUACGUUGUCUUCAGAUAUCCGAAGUCGUUAAUAGUAUGAAGGACUUGAUUGAUUACAGUAGAGAGACGAAGACUGGACCUAUGGAGAGUUUGGCCAAGUUCCCUCGAAGAACAAGUACUUCAUUUGGUAUUCAAGCACAACAGCCUGAGGAACAACUACAACAGCAGCAGCUGACACCACAACAGCAAACAGUGGCCCAGAACACCAGUAGUCAAAGUUCUACCCAGGUUUCCGGGAUGCAUCUCGUUGCUAACAAUGGUGGAGCUAACAUAAAUAACUCUCUUAGUGCUGCAUCUGCAUCAACAUCUGCUGUUACAGUUGGGCUUCUACCCCAGAAUUCCAUGAACUCCAGGCAGCAGAAUUCUAUGAAUAAUGCAAGCAGUCCCUAUGGUGGAAACUUUGUUCAGAUUGCUUCCCCUGGAUCAUCUAGUACAAUUCCACAAUCACAAGCGAAUCCUUCUCCAUUUCAGUCACCAACGCCCUCAUCUAAUAAUCCUACUCAAGUUCCUCAUGGUACUUUAGCAGCUACUAGUCACAUGAACUCAGCAAAUUCUCCCGUGAAUAUGCCUGUGCAGCAGACAGCUCUUUCCAGUGAGGCUGACCCAAGUGAAUCGCAAAGCUCUGUUCAGAAAAUCAUUCAUGAAAUAAUGUCUGGCCAACUGAAUGGUACGGGAGGUAUGGUUGGUGUUGGCACUCUAGGCAAUGAUGUGAAGAGUUUAAAUGGAAUGUUGCCAGCAGGUAACAGUGCAGUUGUCAAUGGUGGCAACAGUAUGGUGGGUAAUGGAACUGUCAACAAUAGUUCAGGUAUAGGUGGUGGUGGGUUUGGCACGAUGGGUGGUGGGCGGCUUGGCCAAUCUGCUAUAGUGAAUGGAAUCAGAGCUGCCAUGGGUAAUAACUCGAUGAUGAAUGGAAGGGUAGGUAAUGGCAUGGCAUCAAUGGCUCGGGAUCAAGGUAUGAAUCACCAACAGCAACAGGAUUUGGGGAACCAGCUACUGAGUGGACUAGGAGCAGUUAAUGGUUUUAAUAGUCUUCAAUAUGAUUGGAAAACUUCUCCAUGAAAGAUGGCCAAAAUGAAAGGUGAUGGAUGUUGGGGUGUAGCUGCUGUGUUUUGCAGCCAUGAAAACCCGCGGGUGGCCUCUGGCGCAGCACUGUAUGAUAGGAGAUAGAUGAAAGGGCUGCUUCCCUCCCACUUUGUACCAAUUUCAGUAAAGUGAAACAUAUAACAUAGUGUUUUUAUCAAAUGAAAUGUUUUAAAGCAUCUCAUCUUUAAGUUGCUCCAUUUUCUUAUUAUAUUGUUUACCUUAAAUUGUUUUUAGGGUUAAUGCAAACCUUUUGCACCAUGGUUGAAGCCAAAGAUGUACAGAAAGAUUGAUAUGCAUGAAGACGAGGAUUGAACCCAACUUUUUUUCAGGAAAUUUACUAUCAGAAUAAGCCUUUUCUGAAA